GAAUGGGAAACUGAUGCGCACGCGGCAGCGGGUUAUAAACGCGGCGAGCAGCGGGAACAUUGGUAGUCUACCAGACAUUUAGGACUUCUCCCAGCUUUUCUUCUCUUCUUCUAGAGUCAAAAAGCGCUCCGACAUGAACGGCCACUGCAACGGAAAGGUCAACGACACCGUGGAGGAGUUCCACUGCAACAGCGGCUUCGGCGACCUCAUCAUAGACAGCAAGAAGUCCGCCGUGCACCGCAAGCACGAGACGUCCCGCAAAGAGGCCGAGGACAUGUCCCGCUUACCUGCGCUCGAGGCCGCCUACACCAGCAUCCUCCGCGAGCUCGGGGAGGACACGGACCGACAGGGGCUGCUGCGAACGCCGCUGCGCGCCGCCAAGGCCAUGCAGUUCCUCACCAAGGGCUACCAUGAGACCAUCGACGACAUCUUAAACAAUGCCAUAUUUGAUGAAGACCAUGAUGAGAUGGUGAUUGUGAAGGACAUAGACAUGUUUUCACUUUGUGAACAUCACCUGGUGCCCUUUUUUGGCAAGGUUCACAUCGGGUACAUUCCCAACAAAAAAGUGGUGGGACUGAGCAAGCUGGCAAGGAUUGUGGAGAUCUUCAGUCGGAGGCUUCAAGUUCAAGAGCGUCUGACCAAGCAGAUUGCCAUGGGAAUAUCAGAGGCUCUGCAGCCAAAAGGUGUAGCUGUGGUUAUUGAAGCAGCGCACAUGUGUAUGGUCAUGCGUGGCGUCCAGAAGAUGAACAGCCGCACAGUCACGAGCACCAUGCUGGGAGUUUACCUAGAGGACCCAAAAACCCGGGAGGAGUUCCUGACUCUUUCACAGCACGCCUAACAAAUCCUGUACACAAUUCACACCCGAGACUCUUUAAACAGUAGCACACGUAAAGCUCUAGAGUAACAGUGCAUCCGCAUCUGACUUUUUAAGAAAACACACAAACCAGUAGCAGGAAACAUAAAGCUGCUGUUUGAUGCAGGAUCUAAGCCAACCCUGGAGCUUACCUCAAUAUGCUGAAGCCUGAUAGAUUUCAGUCCUGCUGCUGAAAUCCAUCAUUUGAAAUCACUGUGAACAUAAUAGGAAAUAUAAGACUUGCAUUCUUGGUGCCUUUGGUAGAUAUUUUACAGUCUUACAUGGCAAUAUUGUUGUUAUAAAGUAUGAAACCUGAGUGCAAUGUUGUAACGUGACAAUAGGAUUAAUUGGAUUUUCUGUUUUGUUCUUUUUUGAUGGGAAUUUCAUUGGUGCUUUUGCAAAGUGGUACUCUUGCACCUUUCCUUGCUUUAUUAUAGUAUUUAGAAUCCACUGAUUUUAAUAAUUUAACAAACUGUGUCAUUUAUAAAACACAUUUAUAAAGUCUUUGUAAUAUAUGACAUUUUUAAGAUACAAAUCAAAUUAUUAUAUCUGUUGUCCAAAGAGUAGAAUAAAUGAUGUACUGAAUAGAUUUUUGGUUUUAUCAGUGACCACUGUAGCAUAUACUGUAUGUUGAAGAGUCUUUGCUUAAAUAAAAUGAUAGAAACAUUA